AUUUUGACCUCCGAUUUCGCAAAUUCCUCCGAUUUUCCGCAAUCAAAUUUCUGAAUAACGUUAUGCGCCGAUCACUAUUAUAUCGCAGCUUCCUCCUCAUCGCAAAUGAAAUUUCCUAUAUUACUAGUUAUUCAUCCUCCCUCAUUUAACAAAUCAAAGUUUGUUUCUGGUCGUAGUCUUUGGGAAGCAGAAACAAAUUGCAGAACAAAAGUUCUUCAGGGCGAUUCGAUUUAUAACCUAAUUUCUGUGUUGAAAUACUUUUCUUUCGGUUGCUAAGUUUUGGAGAGAGAAGGUAAUUUUGUUGGGGGAAAAAGUUAACUCUAAUGUCACCAAUAUCUAUAAUUAAUUUUUUUUAAUCUUGGGGAAACAUUCCAAACUUUCAGAUUUUUUUUUUUUUUAAUCUGUAAGAGACUGUUGACUGAUUUAACAGUUUAAUUCAGCACAAACAGUACGCUUGUCUUGAUUUGACUGGCAGAGAGCUGAUAUGUAGCAAAGCAUAACUAGGUGCCCAGAAUUAUUGGGGGCGUAGAGACAUAACUUCCUUUCUCUACAGUGAUUUCCAUUCUUUUAAUUCUCUUCACAAAUAGUGAUUAUUAGCUUGCUCAGAUGGAUCUGUCAAUCCCUUCAUCUUUUUUUGAAACCUUCUCUUCGCACUCUCUCCUUCAUCCUUUGUUUCCUUCGAACUUCCAGAAACUGAGAUCAUUUCCGAUUAAUAGCUACUUCAAUCUCAAAUCCAGAAAGUUCCCCUCAAAAUCCUUGUCUUGGCGCCAAAAUUGUAACUAUCUCAGAUCUCAGAUUUCCAGCGGUAAUGUUGACGAUGUCUUUGUCCUUGAAGAUGUCCCUCACUUGACUGAUUUCCUCCCUGAUUUAGCGUCGUAUUCAAAUCCAUUGAAGAAGAGUCAAGCAUAUGCCAUUGUCAAGCAAAGUUUCGUUACAUCAGAAGAUGUGGUUGCGCAAAAGAUUGUUGUACAGAGAAACAGUCCCAGAGGAGUGCAUUUUAGGCGUGCAGGGCCUCGCGAGAAGGUCUAUUUUACGCCUGAGGAAGUGCGUGCUUGUAUUGUGACUUGUGGGGGUUUGUGUCCGGGAAUCAAUACGGUCAUCCGGGAGAUAGUCUGUGGAUUGAACUAUAUGUAUGGUGUCGAUAAUGUGCUCGGCAUUGAGGGAGGUUAUAGAGGUUUCUACUCCAAAAACACCUUGACGUUGACUCCUAAAGUUGUAAAUGACAUACAUAAACGCGGUGGCACCUUUCUUCGCACCUCUAGAGGAGGUCAUGAUACCCACAAGAUAGUUGAUAGUAUUCAGGAUAGGGGAAUAAAUCAGGUAUAUAUUAUUGGAGGUGAUGGCACCCAGAAAGGAGCAGCACUAAUCUACAAGGAAGUUGAGAAACGUGGUCUUCGAGUGGCAGUUGCUGGUAUCCCCAAGACAAUUGAUAAUGAUAUCGCUGUGAUAGACAAAUCUUUUGGAUUUGAUACUGCUGUUGAGGAAGCUCAGAGAGCAAUUAAUGCUGCUCAUGUGGAGGUUGAAAGUGUGGAAAAUGGAGUUGGAAUAGUUAAACUGAUGGGCAGAUACUGUGGUUUCAUCGCCACACAUGCUACUUUGGCAAGUAGAGAUGUGGAUUGUUGCUUGAUUCCAGAAUCUCCAUUCUAUCUGGAAGGACCAGAUGGGCUGUUUGAAUAUAUUGAGCUACGGCUUAAGGAAAAUGGGCAUUUGGUCAUUGUGGUAGCAGAAGGAGCUGGGCAGGACUAUGUAGCUCAGAGCACACAUGCAGCAUAUGAGAAAGAUGCAUCAGGAAACAAGCUACUUCUUGACGUUGGUCUUUGGUUAUCUCAGAAAAUUAAGGAUCAUUUUGUGAACGUUCGGAAGAUGGAAGUGAACAUGAAAUAUAUAGAUCCCACAUACAUGAUACGCGCCAUUCCAAGUAAUGCAUCAGACAACAUUUAUUGCACUCUUCUAGCACACAGUGCAGUUCAUGGAGCCAUGGCUGGGUACACUGGCUUCACAGUCGGACCAGUGAACAGCAGACAUGCUUAUAUUCCUAUUUCACGUGUGACUGAGGCAACAAACACAGUGAAGUUGACAGAUAGGAUGUGGGCUAGACUACUUGCUUCUACAAAUCAGCCUAGUUUCUUGAAUUCCAACGACAUGUUGCAAGAAAGAUCAAUUGAUGGAGAGACUGUUACAGUUACCAAGACAACAUGAAGGUUUGGGAAACAAAGUUUCUGCAAUUGGAUCCAAGAGGGGACCUCCAAUCAGAUGCAACUUGUUCAUCUCUCUUUAUGCAGAACCAUAAUUUAUUAUUCUGAUCACGUGGGCUGGCUAAAAUAGAACCUUGUUUUGAUGGCUAAGUUCCCAGUAUUUCGCAACCCAUCAAUUAUUGGCCCACUUUUCCUGUACAUGAACCUUCAUAAAUGACAUCCGGUCCCAGUUCCAAGGGAAAGAAAAAAAUGCAUCCAGGUCCUUGUCUUUA